AUGAGGUACAAUUAUUCCGAAAUUCAUGAUUUUAGUAAUUCGGAAAGAGACGGUAGAAAUGUUAAGUCUGACUGGUUUUAUAAGAUACUUAUGAAUGGAAAAAAAUUAAAAAGAACAUGGCUCAGCUAUUCUUCAUAUAAAAAUGCACUUUUUUGUGUACCUUGUAAAUUGUUUACUAAAAUAGAAAACUCAUCCAACAUAUCAAAAUUAGCAUACACUGGCUUAACAAAUUGGAAAAAAGUUACCGAAAAAAUUCCAUUACAUGAAAAUUCACCAAUACAAAAAAAAAAUGUGUGUUCUUGGACUUCAUUGGAAAUGGCAUUGAAUCACUGCGAGGGUAUAGAUACAGAUUUGCAAAAUUCUAUAAGAAAAGAAGAAGAUCACUGGAAAUCCGUUUUAUUGGCAAUUAUAGACAUUAUAAUGCAUCUAGCAAUGGACGGAAGAGCAUUUCGAGGAUCUAAUGAAAUUAUUUCUAGUGUGGGAACAUCAAACCGAAGUGGAAAGUUUUUAAAUUUAGUUAAUCUAGUGUCACAUUAUCAUGAACCGUUAUCAAAACAUAUUGAAAGACAUAAAAAAGGUGGUCUUUCUUAUUUUUCUCAUGGUAUUCAAGACGAGUUUCUAGAGAUUAUGGCAAAAAGAGUUAAAGAUGAAAUUCUUUCAAAAAUAAUAGAGGCGAAAUAUUAUUCUAUACUAUUCAAUUGUACACGGGACAUUGCACACCAAGAACAAAUGACCCAAGUUAUUCGCUAUGUUAUACAAUACAACCAGAAUGAAUGCGAAAUAAUAGAAAGUUUUAUAAAGUUUGCGCGUGUGUACAACAAAACUGGUGAAUCAUUAACAGAAGAUAUAUUAGAUUGUUUGACAAAAGAUAAUCUUAGAAUAUCUGACUGUAGAGGACAAUCGUUUGAUAACGGGUCAAAUAUGAGUGGAAAAAUUAAAGGAGUUCAAGCACGAAUUAUUAAAAUUAAUAAACUUGCAAGAUUCAUCCAAUGCUCAGCUCACUCCUUAAAUUGA